AAAAAAAAAAAAAAAAAAAAAAAAUGAGUUAUUUAUUCAGAUCUGUUGAUUAGAAAAGAGAUGAUAAGAAAAACUUCCUCUUUUUAAGAAUGACAAAGUUACAUAAAGGUUAAGUCUGUGCUCUCCGAUAAGUAGCCACAUGUGGCUACUUAGCAUUUGAAAUUUGGCUGGUUUGAACUGAAAUAUGUCGUAAGUGUAAUGUACAAACCAGAUUCUGAGAACUCAGGACACACAUACAAAAAAGAAUGUAAAAUUGGCAACUUUUACAUCAAUUACAUGUUGAAAUGACAAUAAUUUGGAUAUACUGAGUGAACUAAAAUAUAACUAUAAAGUUAAUUUGCUUGUUUCGUUUAUCAUUUUAAUGUUGUUAGAAAAAAUUUAAUUAUAUAUGUGACUUCAUAUUUUCUAUUGGACAGUACUGAAUUAAGUGAUUACUUAUGGAUAAAAGAAAGUAUUAGUGUGAGUGGAAUCAAUCAAUUCAUAGCAUACAUGUUCACCAGCGAAAGCAUUUUUUUCCCAAGUGAUAAGCUUAAAUAUCUCUGUGAUAUCAAUGCUACCAUUUUCUCAAAGUGGCACCCUGCUAAGGCUGCCACUACAUUCCUAAGAGCCACGGGAAAAGGCAUUUGCUCCUCUGAAGAAAUUCUCAGACUGAUUUUUCACCACAGGUACUUCCCUGUUCUUUAUAUGUUACCGAUGUGGACCGGGGUAACAUAUAAAGAACAGGAAAGUACCGACAUUUCCCAUGUGGGUUUCAAAGCAGAUGGCAUGGUUGAGAGCAGCGGGCACCAUUCAGAUCGGCCAUCUCCGCGGCAGAGGCAGUUGUCUCCAGCGCAGCGGUGCAAAGCCAAAGGGCACCCACGAGUUCAUUACAUAAUUCCUGGUAGCAUGAGGCCAAGUGUGUAUCUGCUCUGGGGGAACAGUCAGAGGCUCUGACAGUCAGACCGAGGCGGUCAUGACUGUGUUUUCACAAAGUGUAUGCUAGCGGUUGUUUGUUUGGAAAAAGACUGACCAGCUUUUCUUCCCUGUUCCUUUCCCCUCUCUCUUUUUUUCCCUUGUAAACUCUCUGGCAUAAUACUGAAUGACUUUGUUUUUAAGCUGCCUUAGGCUUGCUUUGUGAAGAAAAAGACUGAAUAUCCUUUCCCUGUGGGACACAAGUUGUUAUUUUUGGAGCAGAGGUUCUUAGCCUGAUCUCUGUCUAGAUCAAUUUCUGUCUUGAUGAGGCCAUGGUCCGUGACAGCUCCGAGUGUCCUCCGAGGAGGGAGGCUUCCUCACUUGGUGGGGAGCCUGGGCAAAGAUGUCUAGGGGCCACAUCCGACACUUCACUGCUCUUGGUCUCCACACGAAGGGUCCUGGGCAUUCAGAGUCUGCUCGUUAGAUUGUGCCCUUGGAAUAGUCGCGACCGCAUGCCGUGAGUGGUGUGCUUUCUGUCUUUGGGAUCAUGGAAAAUUCUUGUCUCAUUCAGAGCCCAGACACUCCAGGCCAACUCCCUUCAUCUAUCUAUUUCAGGAAUAUGGCUUUUUCUGCUUAUUCACUUCAUGGUACGUUUUGGGUGGAGAUGACCCCUCUUUUAACCCAGAUCACAGACUCCAGGUCACAGACGCCUCAGAGCUAAGAAAGCUGGAGGAUUUCUGCAGGCUAUUUGGGAUGCAUCUGCCUUGGCCAACACUGGAGACUCAUCGGGCUUCUAGGAACAUGUUUCCGGACUCAAAACUCAGAGCAUCCCCUCUGUAACCUGCUCUUCGUGUUAGGCUGUGAGACCCCGGGAGAAAACUGCUCUGACUUCUCACAGUUCCUCUGCCUGACCUGCUAUUCCUAGGAGUUUCCAUAGCUUGAGCCUACUAGGAAACAAGUAAAAUUAGAAACAGAUUAAAAUACUGCAUCGGCAACAAAUUAGAUGACAAUGGUGUGAUCACUCCCUUGGAAGACAUUUCUAGCUGGAUAUUCAGGGUCCAGGGCUAUGUGGAGAAAGACCCUAAGACCAAGGGUCCAGCCAACCCCAAGGGGGUGUUGGCCCUGGCAGGUGUCCCAGCGGCUUUCACCUUGGCAGGUGGGAGCAUGACCUGUCAUGUGCGGUUCCUGGCGGGCUAUACAUAGCCAAAGCUUCUUACAAGUGAAACCUCUUUCGCACCCUCCACGGGUCCCUCCCGCAGGUCAGAGAACUCGCUGUAAAUCCCUGAACAUUGUCUCACCCGAGAAGGGGACACAGCCAGCAGCCCUCCAGCCCUCCGGCGCUUUCCGUGGGAGUGCACCCCGUGCUCAGCCAUGGUGGACAUGGGGGCCCUGGACAACCUGAUCGCCAACACAGCCUACCUGCAGGCCCGGAAGCCGUCGGACUGUGACAGUAAGGAGCUGCAGCGGCGGCGGCGCAGCCUGGCCCUGCCCGGGCUGCAGGGCUGCGCGGAGCUCCGCCAGACGCUGUCCCCGAACUUCCACAGCCUGUGCGAGCAGCAGCCCAUCGGCCGCCGCUUCUUCCGAGACUUCCUAGCCACGGUGCCCACAUUCCACGAGGUGGCGACCUUCCUGGAGGACGUGCAGAACUGGGAGCUGGCCGAGGAGGGGCCCACCAAGGACAGCAAGCUGCAGGGGCUGGUGGCCACUUGUGCGAGUGCCCCUGCCCCGGGGAACCCACACCCCUUCCUCAGCCAGGCCGUGGCCACCAAGUGCCAAGCAGCCACCACCGAGGAAGAGCGAGUGGCUGCAGUGAUGCUGGCCAAGGCUGAGGCCAUGGCCUUCCUGCAAGAGCAGCCCUUUAAGGAUUUCCUGGUCAGCCCCUUCUAUGACAAGUUUCUGCAGUGGAAACUCUUUGAGAUGCAACCAGUGUCAGACAAGUACUUCACUGAGUUCAGAGUGCUGGGGAAAGGUGGUUUUGGGGAGGUAUGUGCCGUCCAGGUGAAAAACACUGGGAAGAUGUACGCCUGCAAGAAACUGGACAAGAAGCGGCUAAAGAAGAAAGGUGGCGAGAAGAUGGCUCUCUUGGAAAAGCAAAUCUUGGAGAAGGUCAGCAGCCCUUUCAUUGUCUCUCUGGCCUAUGCCUUUGAGAGCAAGACGCAUCUCUGCCUUGUCAUGAGCCUGAUGAACGGGGGAGACCUCAAGUUCCACAUCUACAACGUGGGCACGCGCGGCCUGGACAUGAGCCGGGUGAUCUUCUACUCAGCCCAGAUAGCCUGUGGGAUGCUGCACCUCCAUGAACUGGGCAUCGUCUACCGGGACAUGAAGCCUGAGAACGUGCUUCUGGACGACCUCGGCAACUGUAGGUUAUCUGACCUGGGGCUGGCCGUGGAGAUGAAGGGAGACAAGCCCAUCACCCAGAGGGCUGGAACCAAUGGUUACAUGGCUCCUGAGAUCCUAGUGGAAAAGGUAAGUUAUUCCUAUCCUGUGGACUGGUUUGCCAUGGGAUGCAGCAUUUAUGAAAUGGUUGCUGGACGAACACCAUUCAAAGAUUACAAGGAAAAGGUCAGUAAAGAGGAUGUAAAGCAAAGAACUCUACAAGACGAGGUCAAAUUCCAGCACGAUAACUUCACAGAGGAGGCAAAGGAUAUUUGCAGACUCUUCUUGGCUAAGAAACCAGAGCAACGUUUAGGAUGCAGAGAAAAGUCUGAUGAUCCCAGGAAACAUAAUUUCUUUAAAACGAUCAACUUUCCUCGCCUGGAAGCCGGCCUAGUCAAACCUCCAUUUGUGCCAGACCCUUCGGUGGUUUAUGCCAAAGACGUCGGUGAAAUUGAUGAUUUCUCUGAGGUUCGGGGGGUGGAAUUUGAUGACAAAGAUAAGCAGUUUUUCAAAAGCUUUGCAACAGGUGCUGUUCCUAUAGCGUGGCAGGAAGAAAUUAUAGAAACGGGACUGUUUGAGGAACUGAAUGACCCCAACAGACCUACGGGUUGUGGGGAGGGUAAUUCAUCCAAAUCUGGCGUGUGUUUGUUAUUGUAAAUUGCUCUUUACCAGACAGGCAGCAGGAGUCUCGGCUGAUAUAAUCCUCAAAUGUUCCCAACACAUGGUAAUCUGUGGAAUGAGGGCUAAUCAGUUAGGAGGGACAUUGCAACCACAGAACAGUCCAAAGGACAGGCAGGCUCACUACUAGACACAUUUCUUUUCUUUUUCUUUCUUUCUUUUUUUCAUAAAGAUGAGUAAAGUCUCAGUUUUGACUGAGGGCUGGGAAAAGAAACACUCAGGUUUAUUUUGAUAAACUAAAAGCAUCAGCCUUUUACCAACGUGUCCCUGUGUAUUACGCAAAGUCCUGGGAACAGAGAAUGGAACUUUGUGGUGUGCCCAGAAAAUGAGCAUUUGCAAUUCUUAGUAAAUAAUCAUUUUAGUCUUUCUUUGUUUAUGUUUUUUUCCCUUCAUCUUUCUUCUGCUUCUAUCCGUAUAACAAGGAUUUUGAAGCUGGAAAUAAAUGUCCCUGACAUUCUCCCCCUAAAAAGGAGUGGAUUACAAUAUUUUGGCAAUGUUUUAGAUCACAGAAUAAUUUUCAAUUUCACUGACAGAUUCUUUUACAAUUUUUUGGAAAUAACUUACUAUCAUAAUGUUGAAGCAUUUUAAAUGUAAACAUCCAUGAGGUCCAUGAAUUAAAGUAUUCUGUAAAUUUAGUUGAGUCCUUUAAGUAAUAUGCUACAAAUUGCUUAAAGUUGCACUACCAAAUGCUGUCAGUUCCCAAACCUGCUGAACUUUGGAAUCAUCUAGGGGUCUUUUAAAAACUGAAUGCCUGACUCCCACCCCUAGACAUCCUGAUCCCCACUCCCAGGUAUGGAAACAGCAUGACCAUUUCGAUGUUUCAGAAGCUCCCCAGGUGAUUCUAAUAUGCAGCAAAGUUUGGCAGGCGCUGCCAUGCACAUUUGAAUGUUAUUACAUUCAAUCUCAUUUUGGUUGCUCAAAACUUCAAUCAUACAUUUUGAUGGCAACUUUUCAAAUGUCCCCAAAGCAUGUCAUUUUACCAAUGGCAGUAUAAAUGAACAAGACAAUCUGUAUGCAUCUUACAGCUUCUCUCAUCCUUGCACACUUGAGUUUCUCCCACAUAUCUUGGGAGCUUGGUCUCUUGGCUAUUUCAAGGCCUGAAGGAGACCUGUGGGCUUAGAAAUUGAAUCGAACAAAUAGCAGCCCUCAUUUCAAGUGGCUGCUCAGCCAGCAUUGUAUGGUAGAAUUAGCACUUCUCAAAAGCACAGCCAAGGUGAGAAUUCUACAGCUGCAAAAAAUAUUUGGAUACAAAUAUAAAGCUGGGUGUUAUUUUUUUAAAAGGAUGUAUGUGUGCAUAAUAAAAUCUAAUUUGUCCCAGUGGUAAAAAA